AUGAGUAUCCGACUCGAUGUUAUCCUGCUCCUUAUUUCGCUCAUUGGUCUCACCAAUGCCGCGUUCACAUUCGACGAUCUGAGCACAAUUUCACGUUUCGAUUUCGACUCUCUACGAUCCCAUGCAGGCACAGGAUCAUGUAACGGUGAAGUAGGUGACUGUUUUGACAACAACGAAGAACUAGAGAUGUUAAUGGAGAAUCAGAUUGCUCGUCGUGGUCUAGCUGCCGCGGCACCAGAAGAAGUUAGUGUAAAUGCAACAGAAGAUCCUCGUCCAGCAAGGUUCAUUAGUUACUCUGCCAUGAAAGCGAACAAUGUGCCAUGCAGCUAUCGUGGACAAUCUUACUACAAUUGCGAACAUCGUGCAAAGGCUAACCCUUACACACGUGGUUGCAAUUACAUCACCUAUUGUGCUCGCUACACCGAUCUAUCUUAA